CGCGGAGCAUCCGUCUUCUCCAUCCCGGGAGGGAAUAGAGAGCCAUUUGCUGACAUUUGCGAGCCAAACUCUGGACUGACCGUACGGGUUUGGAAGAGCAGUUUUCUGUCACUCCGAAAAAUCGGCAGUGGGCUGCCCAAAGGAACCAAAGGGAUUGAUCACAUCCCUGACAUUCCUUUUUUUUUGGAGUUUGUCCCACUUACUUUGACGGUGGUUUUUGAUCACCAUGAGCUCACGUCAGCGAAAGCGCCCUGGAGGAGCAAUUGAUUCCAGACCAGCUCGGAAACGGAGCAGGCUGCUGCCCUCCAGCGCAGGUGGGACUUCGCAGACGGAGCCAAGAGACCUUGAGGAAAGUGCUACACCCGCUUUUGAGCCUGAAGUCAUAGAUCUCACAGGUGAAGACACCAUAGAUCUCACAGGCAAAGAUGUCAUAGAGCUCAGAGUUGAAGAUGUCAUAGAUCUCACAGGUGAAGACGUCAUAGAUCUCACAGGUGAAGAAGAAGUCAUAGAUCUCACAGGUGAAGAAGAAGUCAUAGAUCUCACAGGUGAAGACACUGUAGAUCUCCAAGGUGAAGAAGUCACAGAUCUCACAGGCGAAGACGUCAUAGAUCUCACAGGUGAAUCUUCGGAGCCUGAAGUCAUCAUUAUCAGUGACGAUGAGUCUCCUAUGGACAGGGAGCAGAGCCAGCAGCAGCUGCAUCUUUCCAGAGCAUCAGCCGAGCCACUGGCAAGGGAUGAUGAAGAAGAACCAAGAGACAUUGAUGGUUCCGCUCUCUCUAGUGAUUGGCUGCUAUUUGAUUUCGAUCUUCCAUAUUGGUCAGAUGAGGACUCAGAGGACAGGGAGCAGAACCAGCAGCACCCACAUGUUUCCAGUGCAUCAGGGAAUUCAGCUGAUCUACUGGCAAGUGAUGAUGAAGAGGAACCAAGAGAGGUUGAUGGUGCAUGGCCAGCAGGUCCUGCUAGUCCUCUGGCUGAGGAGAAUGAGGCCUCAGAGGACUGGGAGCCCCCACAUUUUUUCAGAACAGCAGAGAAUUCAGCUGAGCUACCUGCAAGGGAUACUGAAGAGGAACCAAGAGAUAAUCAAGGCAGAUGGCCAGACGGUGUAUACGUUGCUCUGUUUCCGGUGUAUUUUUACCCAGGGUGGUGGUAUUUGCAGCAACAGCUACAUUUCAUCAGAGCAGUGCUAGCGAUGGGGAACAAUGAAGAGGAACAAAGAGAUAAUGAUGAGGCACAGCCAGCAGGUCCUGCCAGUCCUCCAGCUAGUGAGGAUGAGGACUCAGAGUGCAUGGACAGGAAAGGAGAAAUGUUACACUGAACAGCCAGGAACAGGUGGCUGGCUCUGGUAAUGGAGCAGGAGCUAAUGAUGUACCUGUGGCUGACUUAGCCCCUGCAGAACAGGGAGCAGAGGAGGAGGACACUGAAAGUUCAGAUGCACAGCAAGGAGUUGUCAUUAGGUGUCCGAUUUGCAUGGAAUAUUACGCAGAGUUUGUGCGACGUGGACGACAGCUUGUGGCAGCCCUGUGUGGCCAUGUCUUCUGCAGUAGAUGCCUCCCUAUUGCCCUUGAGGCUUCUCACAUGUGCCCAGUCUGCAGAAUGUACCUCGAUCCAGAGCUGUACCAUCACAUUUAUUUAUGAGUGCUUCUGCUUCUCAGGACAGACUGAGAUGGAUCUUGGACAACAGGCGGUGUAGAGACCUGUUUCUUUACGUAUAUAGUUCUUCCUGUAUAUAGUUUCAUUUUUGCUGAAUUCAAUUUAAAUAAAGUUUUGAUUGAUUUUAA